ACACUUGGAUGAGAGCGUUCAUUUUGCGAAGCGUGACCUGGAACCUGGUCGCCUUUUGCAGAGCACACUCCGCAACCCUACUGGCAAGCUUUUACUUUUCAUCUAAAUUAUUGUGAACUACCGCUGGGCAUGAGCCGGUCCCGUUUGUGAUCUACCACUGUGGGAGGAGGUGGAUGAGCUCAGACAGAGGUGGUGCUGAAUUUUGCAAGAGCAGUUGGGGGAGCGAGAUUAUGAGAUGUCGUGGAGUGGAUUGGAGAGCUCUAGCGCGGCGACUGGGGAGUGAGUCCUGAGGCUCUGUGAAGAAGGAGAAUUCCGUUUUUUUGGAGCGCUGUGAAUGUCUGUUGUUAGUUAUGAGUUCACUUGUUGUGGAGAAUGUUGGAUGAUCGUCUUUGUUGUCUCUAGCUGUGAUUUUCGGGGUAGAUCUGUGUUUCGCGUGGGAGUGGUUGGUUUUGGCGUGUGAGUCGGAUGAUUGCAUGCAUCCUCGUUCGAAUUUCGGGUAAUAGGUGACAUGUAAGCCGUUCGCAACUCUUUCUUCUCCCGAUCUCCGUUCUGUCCUGUGUACGUGCAAUUGUUUUUAGGUUUUGAAUCAGCUGAAAAAGAUGCUGCGUCGAACGUCUGGUACUUAUUUUUUGGGUUGCCCAUUGUUCUGAAAUGUCCGAGGCUUUAAAGUCUUGAUAGGAAUGAGGUUUUGUGAAUUUUCUGCAACCGCUGGGAUGAAUUCUGGUCAUCAGUUUACGUGGGACAGGUUGAUGGAAAAUUCUUCGGUGAAUGUACACAUUUGGGUCGCUUUUACUUGUAGAGUGUCGGGCGGGCUUAUUUUUCAUUUAUAAUAUCAUCGAUGGAGGAGCAUGACUUCAAACAAUGAGAACUAUCUAUGAAAGAAAGGGGUUCUUUUGAAUAGCUGGAGUCGGUAUCAUUGUUCUGCACAACAGCUACUUGUAAUCUCAACUUAGUGCUGACAAAUUUCAGAGCAGUUCAGUAGUGAUGAAGUGACUUUGUAGUCUUCACAUGAAGAGAUGGCAAUGACUUGCCAUUAUACCAGCAAUUCUAGAUGUAUGAAGUGGUAGCACCGGUCGCGGAAGUCUGCUUCAGAUUUGUUGUCUGCAAAACGGUUUCUUUUCAUUUGCUGGGUUCUGCUCGGUUCUUCACCAGUUAUAAUCUUGUCAAGCGGUUCUGUUCCUAGUAGAGAGCUAUUCCUUCGCUCUUCUCUUUUCUUUUCCUUUGUUUUGAAAAAUGGCCAUUUUACUUCUGAGAAGCAUAACAUAUUUCUGUUCACGGGUUCCUUAGUCAUGGAGUAGGUUUGAUUUGCUUAUAAUGUAGUUGCCAGUAAUGUCAGUGAUCAUUGAUUGUGAUCAUGACCUUAGCAUCAUCUUUUGGAUACUUGUGCCUGAAUUUGUGGCGUUGUAGCGUGUGUUGCUGUGUUUUUACUGAACAAAAAAUUAGUUGCACAUUGAAUUAGGUGCAGGUGAGAAAUUUUCAUCGACUUUCACGAUGGUACUUCAACCAAGAGCAAUCUCAAACUAGAGGGGCAGCAGGCGCAUACCCAUUUAGUUUUUCGUUGCAGAGAUCUGCCCAUCUUCGAAUGGUUUUACUUCAAUGCUCGAUGACCCUUUGGAUACAGCUCGUUUCACGAAAAUACCCUAACUCUCUCAUCUGGCAUCGGCGAUUCUAUGGUUGUGUAGCAGUUGUUUAAAAGAAAUAGAAAUUUUCUUCAUGGCUGGUCAAGCAGAGUGCCCAAGUCCUGAUGCUAUCACUCUCAACCCUAAAAGCAGAGUACUUUUGACAGUCUUGCUGCUUGGGCAGCAGCCUUACGGCUCUGAAAGCUUGUAUACUUAGUCCCCUGCACCGAGCUCAUAUAUACAACGCAAAUCUCACUUUUAUAUUACGUUAUGUGAAAGGGGAUUUUGUGCUCUAGAAGAAAUGGGCACGAGGGUAUUUUCCGAGAUUGGCACUCUCAUAUCGAGUCACCCAUAUCUUUCCUGCAGUCUGUUAGUGUUCCUCACACCUCCCUUUUUCCCAAUCCUCAAGUUCUUCUCUCCUCUAUUGAUCUCAACAGCCGUGUUCAUUUUGACGUUGGUUACAAUGGGACCUCAAUUUCAAGAUCCCUCGGAUCGGAAGGGUGACUUUCAGAGUCCAUUGGAAGAUAAUGCCGGACAUGACUCUUUACCGGGUUUCAGACCUGAAGAUAGAGAGAGGGAUUUCAGGAGAAAGGAACCCAGCAAGGAUCUUCGUUCUACAUUGGGUGAUUGGUUCACAUCUUGUAAAGAUUCUGGGUUGGUGUGGGUUGAACAGAAGCUGCGAAACGAGGAUUGGAGGGGAGCAUAUUUGAAUGAUGAUAAUGUUUCCAUUUUACAGGAAGCAUUUGCCCUCAGAGCUGAAGACAAACCACGUGAGACGGUGAAGCUAGCAACCAGGAGAAUUCCAGCCGGGGAGGAAAGAACUGCUGGGCUUCAUUCAUCCCAAACGCAAGGCAUUGCUGAUUUAACAAAUCUAGAUCUUCGGAGGUCGUCUCACUUAGCUAUCGACAGAAGCUUUGAAAGGCCUCCCUCUUCCGUUGUUGGGACUAGUGCUCGAGACCUUCCCCACAACAUUUUCUCACCCCUCCCGAGUUUCUCUAGAGGACAUGGCUCUGUCACGCCAUUUGAGAAUGCCAUACCUCCCCCUAUCGAGCAUCAUAUGCCACCACUUGUAACCGGUCCUGCGGAAGUCACUGGUCCUCUUUACAAAUCCUUCGAAGACGACAUGGACACAAGUGAUGAGGAGUUUGAUCACCAUCACUUCCAUCACGAUGAAGAUAUGUAUCUCGAAGUUGGGGAGAGACCAUCGGAUUCCAGGUUCAUCUCUCGGGGCGAGAAACCGGCGGCCAAUGGUACUUAUAACCAUCCUCCUCCGUUCACGGUGCAAGAGGAUGUCUUGCCUUCCUCCAGUGACAGUGACGAAGAUGGUAUUCUUUUUACAAGCUUGCAUCAUAGGAUUGGGGCGCUGGAGCCAUCUUUUCGAAAGACCGAUGGCGAAGUUCACAAUCGUGACAUCAACGUGCAUGACCAGCAAUCAGCACAUCCUACAGGAACUCGUGUGGAAAGAGCUUCACACCACGACAAUGUUCCUGAAGGACAUUCCCCUCCGGUUAAGAUUCGGCAUGAAGAGAAAUCAGUUCCAGCACCGAAGAAUCAUUCUGAAAACUAUUCUUAUUCUUCAGCAGCUCACAAGGCGAGCUCACUGUCCGAAGGGGGUGUGGAGUGGCAUGAAAUGCCGGAGUUGGAGGAUAUACAACCAGCGGGGAAAAAAACUCGUGAAUUUUCUUCCAAAGUAGCAGAUAGUUCAGAGUUUACACCUAGUAACCUUCAUGUCACAGGUGGAAGGUCUCGUGGAGUUUCAGUCAAUCAUAAGGAGCCUGAUGCGGCAGAUGUCUCUAGAGACCAUGCUACUGUCAAUGAAAGAUUCCGCCAUGGAUCUGCCGUGCCCGCUGAUCUCACAGAUGUUUCGGGGGACCCACCUCAUUUUGCUGAGAGAUCAAUGUCACUGCCAGGUUUAGGAGGCCUUGCAGACACCGGGAGUGUAGAGUCGGCUCCAGCUCACGAGGAUCCACCCUCAUUAGACGAGUCACUUCCUGACAAGGUUCAAGAGCCUGUGCAUUCCACUGGAGUUUUGAACCACUCGAUCUCAUCUCCUGGUGCCACAAAACCACUCGACCCGAUAAUCAUACCACGAAGCAGUGCUGACCAAGGACCUGUAAGUCCUGAUACAGAUUUCGGGUAUGCUACCACUCCCGAUCAUGAGAGGCGAGGUCUGGCGGCAAGACGUUUUUUAGCACCGGAGCAGUACGAUUCCGUCACCUCUAUCAGUGGGGACGAGCUUGAGCAUGGGCCGCCUGUGAGGCAACUAUCAACGAAAGAGAAGAUCGAGCAAAAACUCGAGGCCUUGAGCAAUUCUAUGCCGCGUGAUGCCACUCCUGGUCCUGCAGAUGUGUCAAUGUUGGGGGCAACAACUGAUGAGCAAGUAACUCAUGUUGCAGACAAAAUGAAGAGCUUUGUCAAGGACUCUCCAUCCAAAACAUUCCAUCCUGAUGCCCCGGAACUUCAAAUCAAGCCACCGUCCACGAAAGUCCCGUUGAAUGCAUCACCCAGCAAGCCUGCAAUCUCAGCUUCUGCUCUCCCAAGGCGACCGAUUCGGUCUUCCAGGUAUUCCAGCACACUAGACUCAAGCGAAGAUAGUUCUGACGACGAUGAGCAAAUAGAUUUAGACUCGGACAUCGACUCACAGACAGAUUCUGAGGUGGAGAUUGCUCAAACACGGUUCAAGCCACCUCCGAAGCCAUCACCAAAGCUGCGCCCAUCGUGACUUCCUGUACAUGCUUCGACGCCUUGGAAGGAACUUGUAAAGUGGCUGUAAGGCAUCCCCUCCUACCGUGAGUUAUCAUUUUUCUUCAUCAUCUUUUAAGGAUCUUUUAAAGUAGCGGCUUCUGCCUUAAUUCUGCAGGAUUUCUAUCCCCAACUGCUGGGAUUUGUAGGUUGUAUAUCCGCAAUGAGUCUUGACUGUUCUACAGAUACCUGCCCCUACAUUGAUAUCGUCGUUCUAAUAUAUCUUGCCAAUAUCUGAGGAGAUUUUUAUGAUCAGAUCUUGACAUUUCGUGUCGGUAUUU